AUGGGUGAACAGGUAGAGGAUAUGGACAAGCUGUAUGAGACGCCGAUAGACAUGCAGACUACAAUCUUUGACCAAGUAGAUAACUAUCUGCAUAUGGUGAACAGCGGAUUACAGCACGAUGAGAAAGAAGAUGAACAUAGGGAACAUGAAGAUGCGAUUGAUGGUGGGGCCAGUCUGAACAUGCACCUUUACAAUAUUAAUGAUACAUUAAAUGGUGUUUCUACUGAUAACGGUCAUUUCGACAUGGUUGAUUUACAUUUCGGGCCCACAUUGACUACAGAUGACGACCCAACCAAAAUGGCCGAACUACAGCAUACCACGAUACAUCAUGGCCAUCUAGACGUCAAUGGAAACCGCAGUGAUAGUUUAUUCUCGCCAUUCGAUUCUCCAUUAGUACAUGACACUCCAUCAUUGGAGGCUAGGAAUAGUAUACAACUUACAAAUGAGGGUUCCACAUCAGCUCUUACAACACCAUUUCUGAGCGGCAAGAACCACUAUGACGACCACGGGAACUCUAUAAAUUCCCAGAGCUUUAACUACCAUAACAGAAACUCAAGUCUCUCCAAAGUUAGUGGUAAAUUCUCCCCAAUAUCGUCACCAGCACUGACUUCUACUAAUCAGGAACAGCAACACUGGAACACAUCCUCUAGAAGGGCUUCAAACAGUUCCUCUAGAUCAAAAAGAGUGCUACCGAGUGGUAAUUCAUCUGUUUCUUCUACUUCAAACAAGGUUAUAAAGAAUAGUCCGUACAUGAACGCCAGUUCUAGGAGAUUACAAAAGACCAUAAGUAAUGGGAACUCAAAGAGGGAUGAGUGGGACGAAUUCAUGUUCUCUUUACCGGAGAGUAGUUUAGCUAAUGACUUAACAACUGGAAAUGAUGAAAACAUGGAUAUUAGCUUGCCAGCGGGACACUCACCCACUAAAGAGUACAAUAGCUACCCUAAGGUAAUAUUACCAUCUCAUGCAGCUGAAAACGAGAGUAUGGAAACGGAUAACUAUGAGAGGGCCAGCUUGCUAGAGGACUCACAACCAGACGAGACACAGAACAAUAACCCACAGAACAAUAAUCCACAUAGCAAUGGCUCUAGUAUCAGUCCUGUUGGCAAAAACGACUCGGUGAUGCUAGCCAGUGGCUCACCUGUGUUGAAACCCCAAAAUUCAAGUUCUAAUAUUUUGCAGACACCUUACUCAUCUAAAAGAGUUUUCAAGUCGCCAGCGGAUAUUUCAAGCACUGAACAAACUGCAGACGAGGCUUCCAACGAUGCAAGUAAUGAUGCUAAGUCGAAGGACAAGAAACAAAGGAAACCUUCAUCCAGUGGACCCAAUAAGCUAAAGAGAACUAAUACUGGUGGCAGCAUCGGGAGAGUACGAUCAGACAGUGCCAGCCAAAACAGCGACUAUGUUCAAAGAAAGAAAGAGGUGCAUAAGUACGCAGAACAAGAAAGAAGAAACAGGCUGAACAACGCGCUUAGCGAUUUGAACUCUUUACUUCCACAAGACUGGAAAGACGCUGUCACAGUCCCAUCUAAGGCUAUCACAGCUGAACUCGCUUGCAAAUACAUAAGGACACUGCUCGAAGAGCUUGAGCAGUACAAGAAAUGA